AUGCCUCCCCCUUCUCCCCUACCUCAUCAUGCGUGCUCCUUAGUGCUGCCCUCACACCCAUUGCUCUUCCCCCUUCCCGGUCACCGUCGCUAUUCUCCCAUCUCCCCCAUCACCGCCACACGCAGCACCCUCACUCCCCACCCUCACUUCUCGCGUCACAAAUCCUUCUACGCGUACAUUUCCACUUCGCCUCCUCCGCCUGAUCCCUUCCUCCACCACCCACUCCAUACUCGUUCCUCUCCUCCCACUCCCACCAAACCCAUACCUUCGUGCCCUGCCCUUCCUCUCCACCUCUCCCCCUCCUUCCCCUUCCCUCUCACCUGCCCCUUCCCCCCGCCGGGCAGUGGGCAGCCUGAGCCGCGGGUCCGCCAUGAGAAAUGGAUGUCUAACAAACGUGGACGCCACGAGAGUUCCCGCACCCUGCCACUUCACAGCCCAAGCCCAGUGAUCAGUAGCCCCCGCGUGAGCAAACUAUAG